AACCCACAACCCCUAGAAAGCAUCAAAUGGAAUCAUAAUACAUAAAUGGAGGCGUCCUAUAAAUAUGUAGGAGCAAGUAAAGUUGUGCCGCAGUCUUACCGAUAGACUGGCGUUGCCUCUGCGCUCAAAACUAAGCUCUCGUACAAGCGACUACGGCGAAAGAAGCAGGAAUCAAGUGUUUGACCUGGAUAACGGCCAGCUUAAAAACGAUUUGCAGUAAGCUGGAACGAAAAAUAGUACUCUGCCAUGUCUGAUGUUUCGUUUGCAGCUAUCACGCUGGCUAUUUCGGUAACGAGGCUUGCGUUUGCCAUUCAUCACCAGAUUAAGAUCAUUUCAGCAAGCGUCACUUAUCCCAGAAAGCAAAAGCAAAUGGACCAGAAUGCUACAGAAGCCGCCUUCAUUGUGGAAGUCUCAACGUUCCUCAACGCUACCAACCUCACUGGGGGCUCAGAUAGAGCUGGAACUUCAGAUACCCACAGCGGUCGAGACCGCAGGGAAGUGUCCAAGCAUCUAACGUCAAAGCAGAAAGCUGUCCUGAGGAAGAAGAGGUACGAGCGUCGGCUCAAGAAUGAAAGGGAUGCACUCCGCGACAUGGUGAGUGCUUUAAGCUCACGACUCGAGCAGUUGCGACGAAGCCGCGGAAGCAGUCAGAGGAGCAUUCUAGUUGACUCUUCCACGUCUGGCCCGACGUGGAGAGCACUAGCCCUCUCUCGCAGUAACGAGAGGCAUCAAGCGGAAGAAGAGAAGCUCCGACUUGAAGCUACUAUUGAUCAACAAGCCACUUACAUCUCCAUUCUGCAAGAAUUACUGCCCAAGAAAAUGUACGAGUGGGUCGCUAUCACUGCGGAGACUCGUUCCGUUAUCGUUUCCAGUCGGCUAGCUAACAUGAGAGGCAACCACGCUCUAUUCGCUUCUCAUUUACAGGAGGUCUUCGCUGCGUACGCUCUACUCGACAACGUCUUGCGUGGUACGAGCGAGUUGGAUGGUAUAGCUGACUCCCUGUGUCGUCCCACGAUAGACAGUGGUGAUGAAUACUUACGCCAUGUUAACAGAUACACGGUACCUUUUAGUUUCAAGCAAACCAGCAAGGCGUGGUGGCAGAUUACUAACCUAAACCAGUGGAUUCAAGAGGGCGACGGCUAUGCAGACCUGGCUGAUCCGAACGAUACUGUUAUCCUAAGGUCUCGCGUGGUUCGGACUCUUCCGAAUGGGAUGACAGUAUCUGCUUCGCAGCGGUACAUCCUUCGCCGGUUUGUGGAGGCAACUAGAGCGGUGUUCAUGUGGAAAACGUACUCAGAAGGAGAAGGAACUUUCACUGGAGCGUAUGUUGAGGAAACAGGGUGGGCACGUCUUCAGCCGACUAUGGAGGGCGAUUCGACUGAGAUUUCAGUGUGCGUUCACCAAGCUCCUAUGCAAGUUGGUGGUUCAGCAUCAACCAAGCAGGAGUUUUGCGACGUAAUGCAUGGUUUACUUAACGAGACUGCGCAAGUCAUGAUGAAUCUACUAUCCAAGAAGCUACUGGAGGAGACGCUGUCCACUAUCGAAGUAGAAUAGGGAUCACAGAAUUAGCAAAUAGUAAGUCGUAACUGGUAUACAAUGAUGCUGCUUAGUCUGCUAUCGUGCCCGUCAUAUUGCUCAUCACACUCCUAAAAUUUACUACCUGGUUAUCCUCGU